UUCAGAAAGUUUGAAAACAAGUAAAACCACGCAAGCGUUCUACGAGUCUGCUUUAGCUCGUUUGCUAAUGUCUCAGUCCCUCAAGUAACUAACUUAGUUAGGUUAACUUUGUUUUAAGUGGUUGUCAAGUUGUGUUAAAAUUACCAGACACGAUGUUACCCUACCUGUUUCUUUUUACUAGCUAAAUAUCCUCUCUGAUUUGCAACUAGUCAUCUACAAACACUCAUUGGAGCUAGCAAACACAGGCAACGCUAGCUAGUAAGUUAACGUAAAGUUGCAUCUUAUAAACCGUUAUACCUAUUUAUACUCCUCCUCAGGACAUCAUGAGCAAAUACGAGGACUUAUGGGAUAGGCUGGACACUGAGUUUGACCAUUUUCUACUGGACAUGAAGCCAUAUGUCCUUAAACACCCCAACAAGUCAGAGCGCCAGCGAUGUGCCACAUGGAUAAAGAAGCUGUGUGACCCGGCCAGCUGUGGUUCAGGUCUGACAGGUCGUAAGAACCGCAACAUGCAUGCCCGUUUGCUCCUUCUAAUGCUUAAAAGAGGGGUCCUGGAUAGGCCUUUCACCAGCAAACCAGAGCAUGGCAUCCUCAAGACACUUCCUACCUACAUGUCAAUCUACUUUGAUGAACCACUGACUCGUGGGUCUGAGGAGCACAGCAACGCAGGUCUGCCUGACUGGGUGACGGGAGAGCUGGGUGGCUAUACUGAUGACACUUUGGCUGCCAGUCUGCUUAAGGACAGAACCAGUUCCUCCCCUAUCGCAGCUCAUCACAGGAGAAGGCUGUACGAGGAAAGGAUCCCAUCACGACGCAUGUCCUCCAGUCCACUCAAACAGUCCCCCCGACGCGACGCCAGGAGGGUGGAUGCGGGGCCGAAGGCAGAUAUGUCUCCCGAUGACAGCGACCUGGAGGCUCGUCUCAACAGCUGGAACCUGGGGGUUGAAAACCCACGGUAUUUGCGAGAGAACCCUAUUCCCUUGUCUCCGAUUUUCAAGACAAGCUUCGGGAGGAACGGCACCUUGGCCGACGAUCAGGGCCCACAGCUUGCACAGAGCAAGGAGACUGAGAUGAAGAUCAAAGUUCUGGAGUCCAAGCACCAGGAGGAGAAAUUGAAGAUGCAGCAGAGACACGAUGCAGAUGUUGAGAAAAUUCUGGACCGAAAGAAUGGUGAGAUUGAGGAGAUGAAGAGCACGUACCGGGCCAAGCAGAGGGAAUCGGAGGAGAUGGUCCGUAAGCUGGAGAAGAAAGUUCAAAGUGUGCUGCGGGAAUCCCAGGUCAUCUGCGAGAGCAAGGAGAAGCAGAUUUCUGAGCUGAAGAAGAUGUCGGAUCAGAGCGCCGACUCCCUGAAAAACGAGUGGGAGAAGAAGCUGCAUGCUGCCGUCACAGAGGUGGAACAGGGGAAGUUUGCGCUGCAGAAGAAGCACACUGAGAACAUCCAGGAGCUGCUGGAGGACACCAACCUCAGGCUGGCUAAGAUGGAGGCUGAGUAUAACGCUCGGUCACAGGCAACUGAGCAAACGGCGCGUGAGCUGGAGCUGCGAGUGAAACAGCAGUCGGUGGAGGUGGAGAAGGGCAACGUGCUGCGUCAGAGGGUGACACAGGAGAAGGCCCACUUGGAGAUUCACAUUGCAUCCAUCAGUGCCGAACUGCAGGAGGCCAACAGACGGAAUGUGAUGCUGCAGAAGGAGAAGGAGCAGCAGAGUGAGCAGCACGAGCAGACUGUGCACAAGCUCCAAGCCAAAAAUGAGACUGACAUGAGCCACUUGCAUCAGGAACACGCUCUGUCUGCUGCUAAGGCCUCUGAGGUGAUGGACGACUUUGAGAAAACCGUAGCUCUGCUCAAGCAGCAGCUCCUGGACUGUGAACACCGAAGGCACCAGCAAGUCAGGGAUCAAGAGAUGAAGUUUCACCAGGAGAAAGAUGAAGUGCAGAUCAACUGUGAGAAAAAGGUUUUGGCAAUCCACGGUGAAGCAGAGAAAGAGAGAACAGAGGCUAAAAGGAAGAUAUCCAAACUAGAAGAUGCACUCAGGGAGAUGGAGAGCCAGCUGGACAGAGCCAGGGAGAGCCAGAGGCAGCAGAUCCAGCAGGCAGAUAUGGCACUGGAGCAGUUCAAGAAACAGGUGGAGCUCAGUUCUGAGAAGACCUACGCUGAUAUGAGACUGCAGAUGGACAUGGUAGAGGAGGACCUGAACCGCUCCAAGUCCCUCAGAGAGAACCAGGCUAAAGAGUUCUCCCAGCAAUUGGAGGCACUCCGUCAGAAGUAUGAACAGCAGAUGGCUGAGCAGCGCAUGCAGCACGAGCAGGAGAGGACGCGGCUACAGCAGCAGCACAGCGCGGAAAAGGACAGCCUGGUCCAGGAGCGCCAGUGGGAGGUGAGCAGCCUGGAGAUGCAGGCCAGGGCAGCCCUGCAACAGCACCAACAGCACACCCAGGAGUGGAGGAAGCGCGAUGCCCAGGCGAUUUCAGAUUUGGAAGCCGAGUUGUCAAGUCUACGUGAGGACCUCCAUGGAGCCCAUGCGCAGCACAAGCAACAGUUGGCUGACAUGGCGUUACUCCGGGAGGAGGAGAAACAAAGAGCGUUCCUGGAUAAAGAGGCAUCGCUGGACCGGCUCCGCUCCGACAUGGAGCGCAUCCGCGGUGAACUUGAGGGAAGCCACCAGCAGGAGAAGGAUGCUGCUCAAGAGAAGACCAACAGCAGGUUGAAGCAGAUUGAGAAGGAGUACAGUCAGAAGCUCGCCAAGUCUGCCCAGCUAAUUGCAGAGCUACAAACAUCCGUAUGUGACUCAAAGGAGGAAGCUGUUCGUCUGCAGCAGGCGAUUGAGAAGCAGUUGGAGGAGUCCAAUGUUCGAUGGGAUGAGGAGAGGAGGACAAUAAAUCACCACGCCGAUCGUGCCAACAAGGCUCUGCAGGAAAAAGUGGAAAGUCUACAGAGGCGGCUGCACUGCUCGGAGAAGAAGCUGCUUAGCAAAGAGCUGGAGACUGAAGAGAAGGUGACUGCGGUGCGUCAGGAGUACGAGGAGAAGAUCAAAGGUUUGAUGCCGGCCGAGCUCCGACAGGAACUGGAGGACACUAUCAGCUCUCUGAAAGCUCAGGUUAACUUCCUUCAGAAGAGAGCCUCUUUGCUACAGGAAGACCUGGAUGCCUGUCGCAGCAGGAGGUAACCAUGCGAGAACCCCAGCCCUGACCCCGCGCUGGGAUAUGAAGGAUAAGACGUCCAAUCAGAUGUGAGCAUUCUUGGCUGUUAUUUGUAAUUGGCUGUAUUUUACACAUCUGUCAUUCCACUGUACCAGCGAUCUGUGUUUAUUAUUAACAUAAACUAUUUAUUCAUUGUCAAAUUUUAGUUUUGCUUUGUCUUGUUGGAAAGAAAUAUACAUAUUGAUGUUCACAACUGGUUACAUUGUUUAAUUUUAUAUUUUUUUUUACAUCAUUACCUUGAUGUACCUUGUUAUUGUUGUUGAUAUUAUAGGCAUUUGAUCCAUCAUUUUUUAAAUAAAAAAUACUGCAU